AUGUCCCUUGGGGUUGGGGUCUUCUCCCUGCCGACGACCAUGAAUGCCGUGGGCUGGGUCUUGGGCGUGGGCCUCUGCUGCUACUUCGGGGUCCUCUCGAUGGCGCUUAUGUUGCUGCUGCUGGGGGUAGUCGAAGAGCGCAACAUCAGGUCCUGGGAAGAUCUUACAGGCCUUGCUCCAGUGGCCUGUAGCUUGAGCCGCGUGAGCCUCUUGCUGUCCCUGCUGAUUGGCAAUGCCGCCCACAUGCAGACAAUUUCGGGGAUGCUCUUCGACCUUAUGACGUACUUCGUCACAGAUGACUACGGCGAGUACCACUUUGGCGUCUGGCAACGAGUCACCCUGCUCUUCAUUUUCCUUGGUGUGGCCAGCCCGUUCUGCUUCACCGAAGACCUGGCAGCCUUGCACUACGUCGGGAAGAGCGUUGCCGGCGUCGUACUGCUGCUCUGCGCCGCAGUCGCUGUCAGUAGUUGCAUCAUGCUUGCCCGGGGAGAGGAAGUGCAUAGCGACCAGGCCACCCCUCCGGUGAGUGGUGAUUUACAAGUUCUCCUGUCCACAGCGCCCAGCGUCUGUUUCGCGUUCACUGGCAUGUUGAGCUUCUGGGAGGUUUUUGCUGCGCUGAAGCAGGGCGUGGGGGUGGAGCAGGCGCUGCCUCGCAUGAAGAAGACAGUGAUCCUCUCAGCGGGCCUAGUGCUCGUGGUUUACUUAAUAGUGUCAGGCUGCUGCGUUCUGGCGUUUGGUCAGAUGGCUGGGAAGAUGCACAAGGGCAGCGGCUUUGGCAAUGUGCUUUACAACUUUCCCAUGGACAAUUACCCUGUCACGCUGCUUUGCGCGGCCUUAGUGGUCGUCAUCGUACUGGAAUACCCUGUGAUCAACUUCCCGUUGGUUAGUACCUGUGUCUGCACAUGA